UUGUCUGUUGAGUUCAAGUUCCUUUCUCCUUUUGCGGCGAGGGUGGGGGCCUGCCCACCGAUGUGGAGAGCGUGCCUCAGCCACGGACACUCUGGGCUUUUGGAGUUUUCUUUGCUGAGUUUUUUUUUGGUGAUUGUUAACUUGUUUUUGGCCCCUUAUAAUCGCCUAGCUCUGAGAGACAGGGAUCUGGGGUUGCCUGUUUGACUUCUGGAGGACUGUUUUGUUCCUUUGCUUUUUUAAAGAGGUUUUUUUUUUUUUUUUUUAAAACUCUCCAAACAGUGUCACCCCCUCCCAAUAUUUGCACAAUAUUUGUGCGGGGUCUGGGGGUGGAGGUUUUUAAGUGUUUUCUGUCUUGGACAAGCACAGGGAUCUCAUUCUUGUUGAGUUUUGUGGGGCUGGUGGGGUUUUCUCUCCUCCAUACCCCGAGUCCCCCCCCCAGCUCCUUCCUGCCCCCUGUGGGGCGGAGCCAUGGCGCGGAUGAACCGGCCCGCCCCCGUGGAGGUGAGCUACAAGAACAUGCGCUUCCUCAUCACACACAACCCCACUAAUGCCACCCUCAACACCUUCAUCGAGGACCUGAAGAAGUAUGGGGCCACCACCGUGGUACGUGUGUGUGAGGUGACCUAUGACAAGGCCCCGCUGGAGAAGGACGGCAUCACUGUGGUGGACUGGCCGUUUGACGACGGGGCGCCCCCGCCCGGGAAGGUCGUGGAGGACUGGCUGAGCCUGCUCAAGGCCAAGUUCUGUGACGACCCCGGCAGCUGCGUGGCAGUGCACUGUGUGGCCGGCCUGGGACGGGCCCCGGUCCUCGUGGCGCUGGCCCUGAUCGAGAGCGGGAUGAAGUACGAGGAUGCCAUCCAGUUCAUCCGACAGUGA